GUGUGUAUAUGUGUAGGUAUAUAUAAAUCUUCAUUUCUAACCCAAUCCAACUCAUGCAUAAUAAGCCAAUAUGAGUACAAUUAAUUAUUUACUUGCUCAUCUAUGAGAUGUGAGGCAAGGAGUUGCUAAAAUCGGGUCGAGGAUAUGAAGAAUCGAUGAGUUAUCUAAUUCUCUUGCACCCAUUUCAGUCGUAUAUAACGAAGUCUUAGCGAUCUCACCCAUACCACGACACCAUGAUCAUCCAGUUUAUAUUUAUUUUAGAUUUAGAAUUCCAUGUAGCAAGAUUUCUUUGGAAACUUACCUAACCUAGCAUAAGCACCAUCAAGCACUACUCAGCUACUGUGAACUGAUGGUUAGACUGGCGAUAGAUUAAGAAAUAUGGGGCUUGGCUGGUUCACCCCUUGUGGCUCCUCUCAUAUCCCAGCUGGACUGUUGUCUUACCCUAAUAUCCUCCUGAUCCUCUAAUAAACCAAAAAUCUGGCGAAAACAUUAGUAGACGUGAUGAGGUGAACUAAACAAAACAUCAUCGACGAAAGAUGCAUCAGCUCGCGAACCUGAAAGUGAAUGGGGGCUCAGAAGGUGAGACCAAGUUGAAGAUCUCGAAGCCCCUGAAUCGCUUUCCGAAUGAGAUCUUUCACUUCGCCGAUUCUCUCGAGCACCUCGAUCUCUCAGGCACGGGAUUAUCGACGCUACCCGACGACUUCGGUCGCUUGAAGAAGCUCAAGAUCGCAUUCUUCUCCAAUUGCAACUUCACCGUCUUCCCCAAGCAGCUAGCCUCGUGUCCCGAGCUCGAGAUGGUCGCGUUCCGCGGUAACCAGAUGGUCGAGAUCCCGGAGGAUUCUUUGCCGCCGAAGCUACGCUGGCUGAUCCUCACCAACAACCGGAUACGGGCGCUGCCUAACGACAUUGGUCGAUGCUCGCGCCUCCAGAAGUGCAUGUUGGCCGGAAACCAGCUCGAUCGCCUGCCGCGCGAGAUGGUCGCAUGUAGGAAACUCGGUCUGCUACGACUCUCGGCGAAUUGCUUCGAGGAAUUGCCAGAGUGGCUAUUCGACCUACCGGAACUGGCCUUCCUAUCGUUUGCCGGGAAUCCGUGUUGCUCGUUACCUGCGACGUCGAAGGAUGCCCGUGACACCACACCGUCCAAUGUUCUCCUCCCCGAGGUUCGCUGGGCUGAUCUCGAUAUCCGCGAUCUCCUUGGCGAGGGCGCAUCGGGCACAAUCUCCAAAGGGUCAUGGAACGGCAUCGAUCAGGUUGAGGAAGUGGCCAUUAAGUUGUUCAAAGGGGAUGUUACGAGUGACGGAACACCGGCCGAUGAGAUGGAAGCGUGCAUGAGGGCCGGAUCGCACACAAAUCUCAUAGAUCCUCUGGGGAAGAUUACUGAUCACCCCACCAAGAAAGGGCUCGUCAUGCAACUUAUCCCAACGUGUUACGACACCUUAGGGCUGCCACCAUCUCUGCAGUCCUGCACGAGGGAUUGCUUCUCGCACGAGAUCGGCUUGACCACGCGCCAGGGUCUGAAAAUCCUUCAAGGCGUCGCUAGCGCGGCGAGACAUCUGCACGAGCGAGGCGUAGCACACGGUGAUUUGUAUGCGCACAAUAUACUCUAUAACGAAGACGGGCACGCAUUUCUAGGCGACUUUGGGGCCGCGUCUAUAUACGGGAACGUAAAUCACAAGAAGGUCGAGCGGCUGGAGGUGCUCGCCUUUGCUCACCUAAUCGAAGAUGUGUGGAGCCUUACGAGGCACAAGUUCGACGAGGACGAGUUGCGGAUUGCCAUGCUCCUCGCGGCUCUGCAUCGACGUUGCUCAGAUCUCUCGACUCACCAGCGGCCAGACUUCCGCGAGAUCAGCCGGCACUUGAGCGCGAUGGAACAAUAGCGGCUGCUAUAAUGGCUGCUAUAACGCUGUCGAGGUCGUGUUCGCCAAUGCUACGCUACGUUAGACACGCAACCUCAAAAAUGACGAACGCGUUCGGUUGGGCCUUUCAUAGUCCGAGCACCACAAUUCGGGCUUUGCAGAUCGGGAUUUCCUUAAUCCAAGGCUUAGAAAUCCCUGGAAAAAGUGUGGGAGGGCGUCACGGGAAUACAUAUCCAUGUGUUGUCCUGGGGUCCAGGUCUGAUUUUCGCGGUUACAUGUUUUCUCUCGCCCUACGGUAUGGGGUGGCUCCAGGUGAUUAAUGCCGGAGCAAGUAAUAAAUUCGCAAUUAGCGGCCCAGGGCAGGGGGGAAGAAGAGAAGGUCGAAAACAGUGACGGGCCAAUGAGGGAUCAAUAGAACGGGCAAAUCUCGCUAUAAAUCAUAGAACCUAGACGAUAGAUUAGAACUUGUCACGUCAUCUCCCACAUGGCAUUUUAAAGAUCCGAGAGCUUCCCAGCUAUACAGCUACAUCUGUAUUCUGUACGACCGAAGCAAGCUUGUAUCGCCGGAGAUUUGGCAUAAGA